GCUCUCCUCUCUGGGCUUGGCCAGAUGGCUCAUGAUUACAUGGCUCAAAAUCCACUCCCUGCACUCAAACUGGGAUGACUUCAGUGCUUUCCAGUCUGUUUCAAUUCCCUCAGAUAUUUGAAACUGCUCGGUGUUUUCUAGUCCUGCUGGGUGUUGUCAGUGUAGACUUCCUACUAGCUGCUUUGGAGGGGGGACAAAACCCAAACCCUGGAAUUUCUUUCUUUCUGCCUCCUUUGGUGUUGCACUCAGUGGAUGAGUUAUUUUGUAGUUGUAGCUCUUGUUGGAUUAAAUCACUUUUAAACCCCAAGUCCAUGAUGUAAGUGUCUUCAAAGCUAUUCCUAUGGAAGAGCAGGUCCCAGGAGCUGAGCUCAAAAAUGAGAAUGUUUUCAGCUGUCUGCUGUGGACUUCUUAGAAGUGGAAAUCACAAAGUGGCUCAUCCAGCUAAUCUAGAAAGCCGACUAAUCCAAGGAAAACAACUUAUUCAACAACUCCACUUUCCCACUGGUUCUGUUGGAGCUGAUAUUCAAGUAGACUUCAGCUAUGCAGACGAUCAAGUGUGUAGUCGUGGGUGAUGGUGCUGUUGGUAAAACCUGUCUCUUAAUCUCUUACACAACAAAUAAAUUCCCAUCGGAAUAUGUACCAACGGUUUUUGAUAACUAUGCUGUAACGGUGAUGAUUGGAGGAGAGCCUUACACCCUGGGCCUCUUUGAUACUGCAGGUCAGGAAGACUAUGAUAGAUUACGACCACUCAGCUAUCCACAGACAGAUGUAUUUCUGGUCUGUUUUUCAGUGGUGUCUCCUUCUUCAUUUGAAAAUGUGAAAGAAAAGUGGGUACCUGAAAUUACUCACCAUUGUCCAAAGACUCCUUUCCUGCUUGUUGGCACCCAAAUUGAUCUACGAGAUGACCCCUCAACAAUUGAGAAACUUGCCAAGAACAAGCAGAAGCCCAUAACUCCAGAGACGGCUGAAAAGCUGGCCCGGGACCUGAAGGCUGUCAAAUACGUGGAAUGCUCUGCACUGACGCAGAAAGGCCUAAAGAAUGUAUUUGACGAAGCGAUAUUGGCUGCCCUGGAGCCUCCGGAGCCGAAGAAGACUCGCAGGUGUGUGCUGCUAUGAACAUCCCUCCACAGCCCCUUCUGCAGAGCUGGUGUUUGAUGUCGUACUAAAAGCAAUGUUUAAAAAUCAAACUAAAGAUCCAAAUUUGAAAGUUUGUUUUUCGCAAUAAUGACAAAUGCCCUUCACUCCCAUCCCCCCCCAGCCCUGUGUGAGAUGAGAAUGUUAGUGUUUAUUCCCCAGUGCCCCCUCAAUUCAGUUAAACUAGUUAAUUUUGAGUAAUUCUCUAUUACCAGAAAACACUGAUCAGUACUAGUUUUUUUUUUAUUUUGUUUACUGUUUCUAAUUUGUUUUUUUGUUUAAGAUCCAGGCAUGCUUGUGAUGACUUUCUCUGUAACAGACUAAUUCUGGGCUGCCUUACUGCAGCCUUGUCCCUUAGGCCGGUCUGGCAAGGCUUAGUUCUGGUGGCAAGAACUCAUGGGGCUGUUCUGCAGCCAGCCAGCAGCCUGGGGGUGAGCAGACUCGAGGGCUAAAGGCAAACAUGGCAAAGUAAAAUGUCCCAAGCUGGUGCUCCUCUAAGGAGGAGUGUAGAAAAUGUAUCUGCAUCUCCUCUGAAGUUGCCUUGUAUCUCUUCCCCUGGCUUUCCACUGUGCAGGUCUUAAAUUUCUACCCCACCCUCUAAGUUAUGAAGCCUUAGGAAUAGGAGAAUCCUAUUCUCUGGAUGCACCAUCAGACUUGAAACUAGCUUGCCCCAGCCUCUUCUUAAUCUUUGCCAUCAGCUUUUGUCAUGUGAUGGAGAAAGAGCUGCACCUUUUUAAGCAUGCCCAGUGAUUCUGUUGGCUCUUAACAAACCCAUCUUGUGCCAGUCCUCAAUUAGAGAGAAAUUAAUUACAGUGACCAGCACAUACACUGCUGAUGGACACGCUGAGAGGACCUGGGCUGGGUUCAGAUGAGCUGGCCCUGGUGGUGCAUCUCUUCCUGGAUGGCUCAGCAUCCUCCUGGGAGGGGUGAAAGGCAGACCUGUGUCAGUGGGAAGGAGCUGCAGGGAGGGGUUUCUGGUGUUUGUGUGGCACCAUGCGGGGACCAGUGAAGGGAAUCCCCUUCCUCUGCAUUUGGCUCCUAGGUACCCUUGACCCCAUCAGAUGGGCUCCAGCCUGUUGAGGUGUGUGCAGGGUCUUCACACACUGACUGCACCAUCGCAGGGGUUUACCACAAGAUUAUUUGGGCUUGCAAAUUCCAAAGUUUUUCAAGACUUAGGGAAUCUUCUCCACCUCCCAAAAUUCCGGUUUCUUGUAGACUCGGUAGUGUUGAACCAAUGCUUUUUCAUGUCUAAGUUCUUUGUAUAUGCAUUCUUUUCAGAUGUAUUAAACAUAAAGUAUCUUCACAA